AUGUUUGAUAGAAAAACUAAAAUAUGUUUGAUGUUUGAGUCUGGUGAAAAUUGUUUCCAUCAUGAAAAUAUUGGAGAUAAAGUUUGUUACAGAUUGAAAUCUCUGUGCAACAAUGUAAAUUGUCCAAGAUGUCCGAUUGGUUACUAUGGUGACGCGUGUCAACAAAUUAUACAAGAUUGUAGUGACGGUCAUCAUAGGAAUGUUGCUCGAAAAGCCAGUCUUAUUUCUUACAUUCAACCAACUUCUAAAGGGGAAAUCAUCGAGGCUAAGUGUAAUUUCGACUAUGGUGGAAUAACUCUCUUUCAGUUACGAGAAUCUCUUUGUGAUCCAGUUGACUUCAACAGAAAUUGGAUUGAUUAUGUCAAUGGAUUUGGAUACAUACACGGCGAAUAUUGGCUAGGAUUAAAACACGUGUAUAAUAUACUACAGAAUUACCCAGCAAUUGCUCUCCAAGUCAACUUCCAAUAUGGUUAUCGUGGAUGGCAAGGCUACUUUAAUUAUUUUAGUCUUAGUGAUCAUGAUACUGGCUACAAAUUUUCGGCUGGAUCUUACUACGGUGCUCCAGUUGAUCCUAUUGGAAAUUCAUUAACAGUUGCACCAAACAGCUUAGAAGGCCGACCAUUCUCUACAUAUGACAACGACAUUUCUGGCAACGAUUGUCCUAACAGAUUUAAAGGUGGAUUUUGGUUUAUGAAUAAGGCUAAUUGCUCUAGAGCAAAUCCAAAUGGUAGACGCAAUCAUACCAAUUUCGAAAGCUCUCUGUUUUGGUUGGACGAUCUCGGUGACAGAAAUGAUUUCACCAAAGUUCAGCUCCGAUUAAACAGGAUCUAG